ACCACGUUCAUGUCAGGCACGAUGAAGCAGAGGCUGACCUGAAGCAGAGGAAAGCUGAAGAAUGUCUACCACAUACAGAGACCGUUGACACAUUUCCUGUGGCCGGAAGACAGCAACCCUCUGUCCCAAGCAUUAUUUUAUCUGGAACUUAAAGUUUAUAGAGAAUUUUCUUUCCGAGAGUUGGGCAAACCUAUAGUUUCAAACAACUCUCCUUCAACAAGUUCUGUUUCCAAGGACAGUCUUAACCAUUUGUCCCUUCUGGCGUACCCUCUUGCAAUGAAAUCCAUGCAGAAUAGACCAGAGAUGGGCAGCAGUGAGCCCCUUCCCAUUGCAGAAGGUGGCACAAGGAAGAAGAAGAAACGGAAGGCCCGAGCCGCUGACUUUUUGCCCGGAAAGUUUGAAGAUACGUACAAGCUGACCUCUGAACUGCUUGGAGAAGGAGCCUAUGCCAAAGUUCAAGGUGCUGUGAACCUGCAGAAUGGCAAAGAGUAUGCUGUCAAGAUCAUCGAAAAACAAGCUGGGCAUAGUCGGAGUAGAGUAUUUCGAGAGGUGGAGACGCUCUAUCAGUGUCAAGGAAAUAAGAACAUUUUGGAGCUGAUUGAGUUCUUUGAAGAUGACACAAGGUUUUACUUGGUCUUUGAGAAAUUACAAGGAGGCUCCAUCCUGGCCCACAUUCAGAAGCGGAAGCACUUCAAUGAGCGAGAAGCCAGCCGAGUGGUACGGGACGUUGCUGCUGCCCUCGACUUCCUACACACCAAAGGCAUUGCUCACCGAGAUCUGAAGCCCGAAAAUAUACUGUGUGAGUCUUCAGAAAAGGUGUCUCCAGUGAAAAUCUGUGACUUUGACUUGGGCAGUGGAGUGAAACUGAAUAACUCCUGCACCCCCAUAACUACACCAGAGCUGACCACUCCAUGCGGCUCUGCAGAAUACAUGGCCCCGGAGGUGGUGGAGGUCUUCACAGAUGAGGCCACGUUUUACGACAAGCGCUGUGACCUGUGGAGCCUGGGAGUGGUCCUCUACAUCAUGCUGAGUGGCUAUCCGCCCUUUGUGGGUCACUGUGGGGCCGACUGUGGCUGGGACCAGGGAGAGGUCUGCAGGGUGUGCCAGAACAAGCUGUUUGAGAGCAUCCAGGAAGGCAAGUACGAGUUUCCUGACAAGGACUGGGCACACAUCUCCAGUGAGGCCAAAGACCUCAUCUCCAAGCUCCUGGUUCGAGAUGCGAAGCAGAGACUGAGUGCUGCCCAAGUUCUGCAGCACCCAUGGGUGCAGGGGCAGGCUCCAGAAAGGGGACUCCCCACGCCGCAAGUCCUCCAGAGAAAUAGCAGCACAGUGGACCUUACGCUCUUCGCGGCAGAGGCCAUUGCCCUUAACCGCCAGCUGUCUCAGCACGAGGAGAAUGAACUGGCAGAGGAGUCAAAGGCACUGGCCGAGGGCCUCUGCUCCAUGAAGCUUUCCCCUCCCUCCAAGUCCCGCCUGGCCCGUCGGCGGGCCCUGGCCCAAGCAGGCCGCAGUGGAGAUGAGGAAUCGACACCUACCUCUCUCUGACCGGCUCCAGCCACACCUUUCAGGCCCUAGGCCUGUCCAGGCAUUGCCCCCGGAAACCUGUGAGGCCAAAGUCUUCAAAGAAGGCAGAGGAACCUGCUGUGUGGCUGCAGCAGGGCUUUUUCAUCCGCCAAGGCCCUGAGGUUCCCACCCAACCCCCAUACCCCCAGAGACCUCAAGGAAAAAGCUUUUUCCAAAGGGGUUGUCUUUGAAAAGGAAAGCAAUCACUUGUCACUUUGCAUAAUCGCCUGAGGCAGGGACAUCUCUGCUGGGCUCUUGCCCACCUGCUCACCCGCCUGCAGAUCCUGGAUCCAGCCUGCUCUGGUGAAGGAACCGGCUGCAGCCUUCAGGGAGCCAGCCUUGAGAAGCUGACAGAGGCUCUUCCCUCCCUGCACUGUCACCCCUGCUCAGCCGGUCCUACCUUCCUCUGUCCUCUGGAUGUCCUCCCCCAGGGCGAGGCAAAGCCAUCCCCUCAAUUCAGGGAAGGGCAGAGAGACUUUGCAUCCGGAAGCCAGACCAGUCUUCCAGUCUGUAGCACAGAGAAGCGCAUAAUCUUUCUUUGCCGUGACCGAAAUGUGUCCCUCAUUUAUCAUCCUCUUUCUUGUUUGGUUGGGAUUGCUUCUAAAGUCAGUAUUAUUUCGUUUUUAAAAAUGUUUGGUUUUUUUAACCAUGCUCUUCCACCAGAGAUGGGAGUUUGAAUUCCCACUGCAAGCCCAUGGACUUGCCAGAGCGUGCAAAGGCUCCCUCUCCUUUUGCUGAAUGUCCGUGCUUUUGGAAGCUUUAAUCGGCAGUUUCCUAUUAUUCUAACUGGUUUUAAGCUGUUGUGAGAUGAUAAGCACCUGAGAGACCGAGUCUGCCGCUGCAUCUCUCAGGCCCGGUGUGGAAGGCAGCACAGGUCUGGGGCAGUUACAAGGAUCUCUGUGCCUGAGGUAGAGCCAGGUCCAAGGCAGCCCAGCUGCUCUGCUCUGAGCGACCUGGAGCUUGCCACCUGCCAGAGAGCAUGAAGGCUAGCCUGGAUCAGAUAAGCUGAGCUGCUGAGUUACCUGAAGAAAAUCAACAUGUAUAUGUCAGACUUUAUACAACACAAUGAUGCUAUUUUAUGUUGAGCUUGUUUUAAUAAAAGUUUUAAUAAAACUUUUAAAUUGUU